CCACUACCCCUAUAACCCAUAUUUACGAAAAUUUCACGAAAGAGAUGAUUACAAAUUAGCUAAAAAAACUCGGCAACGAGUCUUUACUAUAUUUCUUUAAAAAGUAACGAAGUAAUACAACUCAACAGAACUUCAUUUUGAAGUAGUAGAUCUCAACAGCGAAGCGAACAAGAUUUUUUGGAGCACUUGACGGCGGAUUGGAAGAAUAUUUAUUUACGCAUUAUAGCUGUGUGGUUACAAAUGAUAUGAUUGGCAGAUCGGUGGAGUGUGGACCUGUGUUGCAUAGUUCGACAUAGAAAUUUAAAAACCAACAAAAGAUAUGUCUAAUCUAAUCAGUAACGAUCUAUUUAUGCCAUCCAUUUUAGAUGCUAUAAGAUACAACCACGUGGAAGUGGAGACAGAAGAGCAACAAGCUGUUCAAAUUGAUCAAGAACAUUCGUAUAACGACGAUAAUGCAGAAAGUAAUGACAAAGCUGAUGGUGUACCCAAGGGCUCGCAGCAAGAAGACGCGGUGAGCAGAAAUCUGGAUGAGUCAGACACGGACUCGGAUCAAGCAUGCCCAAUCUGCAUGGAACAGUGGACCAGCGCAGGCGAGCACCGCCUGUGCUGCCUGCGCUGUGGACAUUUGUUCGGACACAGCUGCAUCCUGCGAUGGCUGCAGCAUUCCUGCAACAGCACCAAUCGCCGUUGUCCACAAUGCAACAAGAAGGCCGCGGUGAAACACAUCAGAAUGUUGUACGCUAAGAAACUGACGACCAUCGAUACCUCCGAGUACGAGCAGCUGAAGAGGGACUUGAGCAACGCGUCGGCCGAGAAGCAGCGUCUGCACGAGGAGCUAUCGCAGUACAACAUCCGGCAGAGCGUGUACGAGCAGCAGCUGGCUUGCAUGAAGAAACGCAUCGCGGACCUGGAGAGCCACCAACGGUCGGAGAUCAUGGACCACGCGAGUCAGAGUGCCUCGAAUCUCUCCGCGAAGAAGUUUCACCUGGAACGGUCCGUAGAAAUCUGCAAGGAGGAGGGGUGCCGCGUACUGGACUACAACCCGUGGCACAGGCUUCUCGUUACCUCUCAAAAGUCGUCGAACCACCUGUUCAAGGGAUACGGUAUAAGGAAGUUCGAUUGCGAGUACUUUAACUUGCGGCAGUUCAUUUUCCUGCACGCCGACGCUAUAAGGGACGUGACGUUCCACUCGACGCAGCAGGAGCUCCUUCUCAGCGUCGGCUUCGACAAGUGCGCGAAGCUGCUGGAUGUUCACAACAACACAACGGUGCACACGUACGAGAUGCAACACUCGCUCUGGAGCUGUUGCUGGUCGGGUGACAACCCGUACGUCUUUCUAACCGGUACGCAAAACGGUAUUAUUAACCAGUUCGAUAUUAGGCAGACUUCCAGUGCCGUUAGCACGUUGGACGGCCACGGCGAUAGGUCGCCAGUCGUGUCGAUGGCGACGGUGCCGCCAAACCCCGGCAGUGGCGUCAGUAGGGGUGGAUUCAUAGCGUGUCGCUUGAAUUCCUGUUACGCGUACGAAGUCAAGGAUUCCGCGUACGUCCCCAAGCAGGUGUUUCUCGAAGGCCCGUUUGUUUGCGUACGCUACGACGAGAGGAAUCGCCACUAUCUCAUAUCCUCCCGUCCCAGUGUCAGGCAAUCACACGCGAGACACGUAGUGUGUACCAUCGAGAAGAGCAGGUCGAACGAAGACGUAAUCAUGUGUAACGCCGUGCACACGCUUCAAGCGGGUAACUCUCAGCAACUUCUGUCACGGCCGUGUCACUUGUACGCGGACAACGACACGCUAGUCGCGGCACACGUAGAAUCAAACAGCACUGUAUCAUUGUGGAGCGUAGGGAGCGGCAGGCAGCUGCACAGUCUUCCGGUAACGGAUCCCGUCUUGGAUCUAUGUUCCUUCGACGUUAACAAUUAUUUAGUUCUGGCGACCCUUUCUAAAAAGAGACUUAGACUGUAUAAUUAUGGACAAUUAGCUUAAGUAAUGAAGUACAAAAAUACAGAAAAAUACCACACGGUCUGCUACACUGUUUGCUACUUGUGAUAUUCGCCAGGAGUCCUGAUAAUAUAUUAUUGAUUAUUGUAUCUUCUUUUUGUGUUGCAGUGAUAUGUUAUAUAUAGACAUGAAAAAACUUUUGUUAAAAACGGAAAUAUGUGUAAAGAUCAUUUCAAAUAAUAAUCUAUUAUUAUUUUUCUACAACA